AUGACUGGCGCGCUGUAUUUCUUAGCUCUGCUAAGCUCCACAAUGGCCUCGGCGAGGGUGGGCCUAUGGGGCCAAGGGAGGAAUGGGACGGGGGAUUGGGAAGGAAAGCGGUGUACCUGUGAUGCCUUCUUGCCAAGUUCCACCUUCCCUGUGAAAGACCUGGUGGUGAUAGAGCAGACUGCUGUGGAGAUCACCCAUAAGCUGGAGCUGGAGAUGGGCAAGCUGGAGACCUAUGAGAGCAAGCUGACAGCAUAUGCUGAGAAGAUUGUAAACUUGACAGCUGAAAUUGAGAGGAUGGAGAAGAACCCUGACUCAUACACUGAAGCCCACCUGCAGGAUGUGAAGGUGGAGAUUAAACAAGUCGAGGCACUAAUCGUUGAGCUUCAGGCUUCAAUUCAAGGAUCCACCACCGUCCUCGAGUCUUUGCGUGUACAGGUAAAUGCCAUGGUGGUGACCCUGACCAAGCUUGAAAAGACUCAUGACAAGAACCUGGUUCUGGUGACUCGUCGUGAGUAUACCAACAUCCAGCUGCAACUAGAGGAGUGCGAGAGACGCCACCAGGAGCUCUUCAACCCCAACAUCGGGUCUUGUGCACACACGGGUAUAAUCAGAGUCAGCAAGCCCUUCGUCAGCCAGUUGAAUGCCCAUCUAAAUUCUGGCUACAAAUAUGGAGGCUGGGGCAAAGAUUCAAAGCCUGUUCACGGUAGUGAAUCUAUGUACUGGUACGCUGGGUACAGCAGCCCCUCGAUUGUUGACAUUAAACUUUAUGCUGACUACAAGAAUCUCAUUCUGAGAAACAACUUCCAGCAUCACAAUUUACAGAGUGGCUGGACUGGCACGGGAAACAAUUUCAUUGUCCGUGACAAUACCCUGUACUAUCAGGUCAACAACCCAUUUAGCAUGGCCAAACUGAAUUUCACCUCAAUGAAAUAUGACUACAGGGUGGUUCCCAAGGCCAGCUCCAGAUUCUCCUACAGUCACAGCUACUCUCAGGGCUUUGACUUUGCUGCUGAUGAGAGCGGGCUGUGGGUGACUUACGCCUCAGAGGAGUCUGGUGGCCGAUUGAUUUUGGCUAAAAUCAAUGAGCCUUCUUUUGGGAUAGAGCAGGAGCGGCAGACUAGUGUGUACAAACCAGGGGUGACCAAUGCCUUCAUGGUGUGCGGGGUUCUCUAUGCUGUUAGAACGGUUGAUAUACAAACAGAAGAGAUAUUUUACAAGUACGACACCAAUACAAAACGAGAGAGCUACGUCAGUAUUUCCUUUGAGAGGUUCCAGGAGACCUUUGCCAACCUGGACUACAAUCCCACUGAUCAGAAACUUUAUAUGUAUAACAAUGGCUACUAUGUUAACUACCAUCUGUGGUUCAACCAUACAACGAAAGCCACUGAUGAGUCACCAGCCCUCUUGAGCUGAUCAUAGUCUUGCUUAUGGCCAGACACCCUCGACACACCUCCCCACACUCCACACAAUGACAUCAAAAACACAGUCAACGCCCGGCGAGGCCGCCACCAGACCGA